AUGUGCCGGACCACAGGUGUGCACGCGGACCUGGGCUCAGGAGGAGGCCCUGGCCGUCACGGGACUGCUGGACACUUACUCAGGCUGGCCGGCCAGCCCAGGAAGGCGGGGGCCGUGGUGCCUGUGGUGCCCGCCCCUGGGCUGACGCCAGCCUGUGCCCUGCAGCUGUGGCUCAGCUUCGCGCCCGUGGCAGACACCAUCGCCCAACACUUCCUCCUGUCCACCGAGCAGGUCAACUGGCUCUCUCUGGUCUACCUGGUGGUGGCCAUCCCUUCCGGCCUGGUGGCCAUCUGGAUUCUGGACUCAGUGGGGCUCCGCUGGGCAACCAUCCUGUGUGCGUGGCUGAAUUUCGCCGGGAGCGUGCUCCGUACCCUGCCCUGCAUGUUGUUUUGGAUCCAGACCCCAUUUGCCCUCCUCAUGGGGGGCCAGAGCCUGUGUGCCCUGGCCCAAACCCUGGUCAUCUUCUCUCCGGCCAAGCUGGCUGCCUUGUGGUUUCCUGAGCACCAGCGGGCCACGGCCAACAUGGUUGGCACCAUGGCAAACCCCCUGGGCAUCCUCCUGGCCAACGUGUUGUCGCCUGCCCUGGUGAAGAAGGAGGAUGACAUCCCCAUAAUGCUGGGCGUCUACAUCAUCCCUGCCGGCCUCGCCUGCCUGCUGGCCACCGCCUGCCUCUGGGAGAGCGUGCCCCCCACCCCGCCCUCCGCGGGGGCUGCCCACUCCAACUCGGAGAAGUUCCUGGACGGGCUGAAGCUGCUCGUGAGGAACAAGGCCUACGUCAUCCUGGCCGUGUGCUUCGGGGGCGGCGUCGGCAUCUUCUCCAGCUUCUCGGCCCUCCUGGAGCAGGUCCUCUGCGCGAACGGCUACUCCAACGAGUUCGCAGGCCUCUGCGGGGCUCUCUUCAUCGUGUUUGGGAUCCUGGGGGCGCUGGCUCUUGGCCUGUAUGUGGACCGGACCAAGCGCUUCACGGAAGCUGUCAAGAUCGGCUUCUGUCUGACCUCUUUGGUCUGUGUGGCCUUUGCCCUGGUGAGUGUCCCCGCAGCCGAGACCACCCCACGGGGAGAAUGGGUGCUCCUGGCGUGGGCAGCUGGCAGCCCAACCAGACAGGCAUCUAGGCCCUACCCGCUGGGCACACCGUGUCGGGCAGGGCUGAGGUUCUCCCGGCUGUCCAGGCAGGCCGAGGGUGUGCUCAUGAUGGUGCUGCUGACCGCCCUGACUGUGCGCCGCUCGGACCCGUCCUUCUCCACCUGCCAAGGCGGCCAGGACCCCCUGGACUGGAAGGUGUCCAUGUUGACGAUGGCCGGCCUGUGCACCCUCCUGAGCUGCUGCCUGGUACUCCUCUUCCACACCCCCUACCGGCGCCUGCAGGCCGAGGCCCGCUCGAGCCCCUCCCUCCAGGACUUGGGGAGCCCGGCCGCCAACCACGCACCCCUCCAGCAGGCCCUCCCCCCAGCCCUGUUGGGGCACCCCCAGGGCCCGAGCAAGGAUGCUGCAGGGGCGGCUCAUUCCUAGAGCCUCCUUGGACAUGCAGGGACUGAGAGGCAGCCUGGGGAGUGAAGGAGCCGGGAGAGGUGGCUGGGGCAGCCACCGCUGAGCCCGGGCAGGUCCUACAGGGGCACGAGGACUGCAGUGGGCACAGUGCAGGCGCAGCAUAUGGGGACAUGGCUUAUGGGGAGCUGGACAGGUUGUGGGUCCUGAGGGCCCCGGAGGUCAGAGACUGGAGUGCACAGGGGUGGGGAGGGCCUUCCUUGAAGGGGCCCAUCCCAGAGCCUCUCUCAGCCUCCAUUACCGAGUGACCAGACACCCAGCCUUUUGUUGACUGGGGUGGCCUGUGUGCCGAAGGGCGUGGCCUGGGCGCUGAUGGGGGUGGUUGGGUGCCAACAGGGGCCUGGGUGCUGACGGGUGGUCCGGGCUAUUCUGGGGGCAGAACAGAUGGAGGGUCCCACAGGCUGAUGCCGCCCAGGCCCUCCGACCCCAGGUGGACACGUCCCCUCCCCACAGACACUUGCAGGCAGGUUGGUGGGUUCGGGUUUAUUGAACUGGCCCCACCCAGUGGGGGUGGGGUGGGGCACCCCUC